AUGAACACUACUGCAACUCCACAACAAAUUAGAACUACGGAAAACUCAGAUGAUUUGGUUUCAUUUAAAGAUAUUUCAUAUCAAAUUUUCUUGUACUGCUUGGCAACAACAGUUUUAGUCCAUGGUCUUGCUGCGUUACUGGCUCUCAGGUCACUUCGGACACAUAAAAUUGGUCGUUACUUGUCCAUUCUGUUGUUUGUAUCUGGAUUUUUGUAUCCGCUAACAGGAGGUAUUAUUACAAUGGAACUAGAACAUUUGAUAGCUUGUAAUAUUUUUCUACAUAAAUGGAAUCUUAAAAGAUUACGCUGCUGUAUUGCAUGGAUUUAUUCGGCUGCUGGCUAUAGAAUGGGCAAACCGUUUGCUUUCUUUUUCGGAGGUGGUCAAACGUUAGUUUUAGUUGUUGUUUCCUUCUCUCGCGUCUAUGGAACAUUGUAA